GUCGAGAAGUACACGCCUAGACGCUGAAAAUGACGAACAAAGUCUGUAUCUAAACCGGUUCCACAGAUUCUUGUGACAAUUGUCGCGCGGUUCUGCAUCACUUUCUGACGCUCUCUGACUGUGUACUGUUUCUGUCACACAAUGGAAGCAAAGAGAAAAACGUCUCUGCGCCUUCGUAGAAACACAGGUCCCUCCAUGAAGCUCGGAAAAACACACGUUUGUUUUGCACUCUUAACUGACUGUUUGGUGUCUUGUAUCUUCGGAGAUUGCUAUCUGUACGUUUUGUGGUCUCAGGGGCGCCUUUUCGCUGCGUCUUGUUGUGUAGAGGACGCUGGUCUGUGCACGGCGACGCCAGACUGUCCAGGAACUGGAAACCGGGCGAAGUUGCCGGAGCAGUGAACGCUUUUUCGCAAUUCAGGCCGUGGAGGAGCAGUGAAAGACGAACGUGCGGGUUCGAAAAGGAUCUCGGAGCGAAAGGAAAUGCGCGGAAAACGAAGCGUCGAGGCGUUGCUUCUGUCUGUUUCGCGCUCGGCCGUCUGGCGGUGGCGACAGUCCGGUGUACAUACACCUGAUUUCGACGCGCCUUCGUUCUGCUGCUCGUUCACCUCGUCACCCUCACCUCUCGACAAGCGCACGCGAGAGGGAGGGGAGAAAGUUUGGAUUUUGCGCUCCCUAAGUUUCCUUUUUCCUCCUUCUGCAAGGUCGGCUCUGCGAUGCCUGCGCAUUCAUCUUUCUCCGCAGCCAGCUGUUGCUCUGCGCCUCUUCCCCUCGUCGUUUUCCUCUCGCGGUCCAUGCUCGGCCUCCCUGUCUCGGCCGGUGCUGCCUGCUUGUUCGUCUCCCGCUUCGCCUUCUUAGAGACUCUUUCUGGCCUCGUUUUUCUCGCCUCGCAGUGAGGCUUCUCUCCCCGUUCUACAUGAUCUGCCCAGAGCGAACUGACGCGCGCACAAGUUCCCCGGAGAAGUUCUUUGCAAGCGUCUGGACCAGCCGCAGGGCAGCAAGGGGACCGAAAAUUGUUUUUUUUCAGACUCCUGAUGGGUUCGCUUCUUGAUGAAACAGACGGCCAGAGAACAGCGAAAAAAGCUCCGAAAGAAGAAAGAAAAGGCGAGGAGAAGGCUGAGCAGUGUGCGAGACGUUCAGCGCCUCAAUAGACCGAGUUUUCUGCGACGUAACAAAGUCCGGACCGCUGACUUUUCUGCGGCGAAUCUCAGGAGAAAUUCACCUCGCGAGCGCGUCAAAGCGUUUCAGAGGACGUGAGACAACUGCCGCGCGACCGCAACUCGCCAACAACUGUCCUCGCUCUCUGUAUCGUUCUCAUACAGCUGACCGGUUGCUGGCUGUCGCGUCGCCUUGCCUGCUCCUCUCCUUGUCCGAGACUUGAACUUUUCCUGAGAAAGCUUUGUCCUCUGCGUCCACUCCGGAAAUUCACCUUCACUUUCGCACAUCCUUUGCAUGCAUUUGUCUUUCUCUUCUUCAGUGCAAACCGUUUUCGUCGCCUGCUUGCUCUCCGAGUCUCCCCGUUCCACCCGGCUUUUCUUUCCUCUUCUGUUCUCUUCGGCCUUCUCCUGUCUUCGUACGUCGUCUGACUUCUCUACGCGCUAAACUGUGAGGCUUCUUCUCUUCUCCCACUGUCGGCUUGACUCCGCGCCGCGAUUUCCUUUGUGGUUGCUGUCCAGU